ACAAGCAAUGCCAACAGCGCAAGAGAGCAAAGCUGACAAGACCUCUGGAAGACAUCAAGGAUGUGGGGACUUCUGGCCACUCUGCUGUUUUUCCCCCUUGGAUGCCUCGUGGAUGGUGCAUGUCCCAGGACCGUUUUUAACCACUUCAAUGAGACACCGUGCCUGAAUUUGAGUAUCCAGAACCCUUAUCCCAAAGUUAAUUUCACUAUGUGGAAACUAGUGAAAGAGUUGGAUCUAUCCAACAACAACAUCCCAGAGUUAUCAGAAUUGGAGUCUCCAAAAAAGCUGGAAUCGUUGUUUCUUCACAAUAACAAACUAAAGAAACUUCCUUCUGACUUCUUUGACAAAACUCCCAAGCUGAAGGUCCUGCAUUUGGAGAAGAACCAACUUGGCUCUCUAUCCAUUGAAGUGUCCUAUCACUGCCUGCAAAAGCUCCGCGUGGACUGUCACUGCAUGGUGGCCUCUGGCAUUUUGGAUUAUUGCCACCACUGCUCAAACCAAAGCACCCAAUGCCAGUGCUUCACUUCUGGAAGACUGGAUAAUGUAACGGAUUACCACAAGAAUUCCUGCUUUGCUGGCACUGCUAGCACUCGGUAUGGUCUCUAUGUUGGCAUCAUCGUACCAAUUUUGAUUCUGCUCCUGUUGGCCAUCCUGGCUUUCUUAGUAAUCCGGAGGAAGAAAGGGGCCACCAUCAACCAAGAAAAACGACCUUCCAGCGCAUCUGAAGGCACUUCUGGACAAUCGAGGUACAUCAGCCGCUUACCUCAGCCCCGGGAGACAUGCCAGGACGCGGAGUUCCAAAAAAACUAUGAGAACGUCCUGAAUGAACAAUCCAAGGGCAAAGCGGGCAAAAUGAAAAGCGGGCAUGGCAACCACCAGAACCGGAAGCAGGCCAAAGCCAAAAGGUCUCCAUCGGAAGGUGAGAACGGAGGUUCUUCUGAAGGCCAUCAGCCCGUCUAUGCCAAUACUCAGGAAUUAUAUUACAACUAUGGUGGGCAGCCUGUCCCGGAAGCAGUAGAUGAUGUCUACAUUAUUCCAGACCAGUGAUACCUUGGCUCCAUCAACAUUGCUGUGACCAAGGAUGACCCAAAACAUCUCCUGGGCCUUUCCUGUUGCAAUGCCCGUUCUUCAGAACACCAUAUCCCAACUCAUUUGGCUCCAACUUGCUGGCAUUUUGUAAAUCACCGAAGAGCUAGGUAUGACCUACAGAUUGGGUGAAGACCAUCACUGUGGCUUUCUUUAGCAUGGUUAUGGUGAUGUGGUGGAAUGGAUUGUCUUCAGGCACCAUUAUGUUAUCUUCUCCUUGUUGUUUACCUUGAUAUUCAUUAGAUUUGUUUUGUUGAUUUGGAUUACCGUAUUUCUAAGAGUAUAAGACGCUCUGACGUAUACGACACACCUAGCUUUUGGGGAGGAAAACAAUGGGAGAAAA